AGCUGCCCUCCCUCCCUCCUCCCCGUCCCGGGCCGCGGAGCCACGCCGGGCGGCGCUGCGGGGACCGGCGGCGGGGCCCCGCCGCCCGGGAGGAGAGCGCGCCCCGGGGGGCGCCCGCUCCCUCGCCGGGGCCCCCGCGAAGCUGCCGCAGGCCGGCCCGCCGCGCCGGGCACCCAAAGUGGCCCGCGCCCCCGCGCCCCGCGGGCGCCGCCCGGAGACCCUCGGCCCCCGCUGCCUCUUGCGGGCUGCUGCCGCGGGGUGCCUGGCCACCGCCGCCCGCGCCCUGCUCCGCCGCGGCCCCGGCGCCCGCUCCGGCGCCCGGGGUGAUGCCAUGCCCCGCAACCACGGCGGCGGGGAGGAGGGCGGCUCCGCGGGGCUCUGGGUGAAGAGUGGCGCGGCAGCUGGCAUGAAGGAUGUCGAGUCGGGCCGGGGCAGGGCGCUGACGAGCUCAGCGGCCCGCGGCGACGGCCUGCUGCUCCUGGGCACCGGCGGCGCAGCCGCCCCCGCCGGGCUGCGGGAGGGCCGCCGCGGGAAGCACGGCGCCCGCAUGAGCCUGCUGGGGAAGCCGCUCUCUUACAGCAGCGGACCGAGCUGCCGCAGGAACGCCAAGUACCGCCGCCUGCAGAACUACCUGUACAACGUGCUGGAGCGGCCCCGCGGAUGGGCCUUCGUCUAUCACGCCUUCGUUUUUCUCCUUGUGUUUGGUUGCUUGAUUUUGUCCGUGUUUUCUACUAUUCCUGAACACACAAAACUUGCCUCUGGUUGUCUCUUCAUUUUGGAAUUUGUCAUGAUUGUUGUCUUUGGUUUGGAAUUUAUUAUUCGUAUCUGGUCUGCUGGGUGCUGCUGUCGGUACCGAGGAUGGCAAGGAAGACUGCGCUUUGCAAGGAAACCGUUCUGUGUGAUAGACAUCAUUGUUCUCAUCGCUUCAAUAGCAGUUGUUUCUGCAAAAACUCAAGGUAACAUUUUUGCAACAUCAGCACUGAGAAGUCUUCGUUUCCUACAGAUCCUUCGUAUGGUGCGCAUGGACCGAAGAGGAGGCACUUGGAAAUUGUUAGGUUCUGUAGUUUAUGCACAUAGCAAGGAAUUAAUCACAGCCUGGUACAUAGGAUUUUUAGUACUCAUCUUUUCAUCUUUCCUGGUUUAUUUGGUGGAAAAAGAUGCAAAUACUGAAUUCUCCACAUAUGCAGAUGCUCUCUGGUGGGGCACAAUCACAUUGACAACCAUUGGCUAUGGGGACAAAACUCCUCUUACUUGGCUUGGAAGGUUGCUUUCUGCAGGAUUUGCUCUACUUGGCAUUUCUUUCUUUGCACUACCUGCUGGCAUCCUCGGCUCAGGAUUUGCAUUGAAAGUGCAGGAACAACAUCGUCAGAAACACUUUGAGAAAAGAAGGAAUCCAGCUGCAAGUCUAAUUCAGUGUGUAUGGCGUAGUUAUGCUGCUGAUGAGAAAUCAGUUUCCAUUGCUACCUGGAAGCCUCAUUUGAAGGCCUUGCAUACCUGCAGCCCUACAAAAAAAGAACAAGGGGAAUCUUCUAGCAGUCAAAAGCUAAGUUUCAAGGAGCGGGUCCGGAUGGCCAGCCCACGAGGUCAAAGUAUAAAAAACAGGCAGUCUUCAGUGGGGGAUCGCCGCUCACCAGGUGCUGACAUUGCCACCGAGGGCAGCCCAACCAAGGUCCAGAAGAGCUGGAGCUUCAAUGACCGAACCCGCUUCAGGCCCUCGCUGCGGCUGAAGAGCUCCCAGCCCAAACCCAUGGUUGAUGCUGACACCAAUCUUGGAACAGAUGAUGUCUAUGAUGACAAAGGGUGUCAGUGUGAUGUGUCCGUAGAAGAUCUCACCCCUGCUCUUAAAACUGUCAUUAGAGCUAUCAGAAUUAUGAAGUUUCAUGUUGCAAAGAGAAAGUUUAAGGAAACGCUUCGCCCAUAUGAUGUCAAAGAUGUCAUUGAACAGUAUUCAGCAGGUCAUCUAGACAUGUUAUGCAGGAUUAAGAGUCUUCAGUCACGCGUUGACCAAAUUCUUGGGAAAGGACAAAUCACAGCAGAUAAAAGAAGCAGAGAGAAGAAUCCUGCAGAGCAUGAGACAACUGAUGAUGUCAGUAUGUUAGGGAGGGUAGUCAAAGUGGAGAAACAGGUACAAUCCAUUGAAUCAAAACUGGACUGUCUAUUAGAUAUUUAUCAACAAGUUUUGCGAAAAGGAUCUGCAUCCGCGCUCACUUUGGCUUCAUUUCAAAUGCCAGCUUUCGAGUGUGAGCAGACUUCUGACUAUCAGAGUCCAUCAGACAGCAAAGAUUUGUCUAAUUCUGCACAACUUAGUGGAUGUGUAUCCAGAUCAGCUAGUGCCAAUCUGCCUCGUGGCCUGCAGCUCAUACUGACACCAAAUGAAUUUAGCACUCAGGCUUACUAUGCUUUUAGUCCAGCUAUGCAUAGUCAAGCAACACAAGUGCCAAACGAUGGACCUGCAACAGUAAAUAAUGCAACAAACCAAAUAAACCAGACAACUAAGCCAGCAACUCCGACAACAUUACAAAUACCACCCUUCUCAUCGAUGAAGCAUAUCAAUAGGCCUGAGCCCAUUCAUAUUAUUCCUGUAACCACACAGGAAAAUAUUUCUAAUGUCACCGCUUGCCUUGUUGCAUCAAAGGAUAAUGGACAAGUUGCGCAGCCCAGUGCGACAAAGGAUCUCACAUGGAGAAAAAGUCUGGAUACAGAAGGGGAACCUUUGCUCUCAGUUAAACCUGUAGUGCAAAUGGAUUUAGGAAAAUCUUUAUCUGUACAAAACCUUAUGCAGUCAACAGAAGAACUGAAUAUACAGAUCGCUGGCAGUGACUCCAGUGGUUCCAGAGGUAGCCAAGAUGUAUACUCCAAAUGGAGGGAGUCAAAAUUAUUUAUAACGGAUGAAGAGUUGGAGACAGAGGCAGGGACAGAGACUCCUGAAGCCAUCUCGCGUCCCUUAGUGGAAACAACUCUCUCUGCUGACUCUCUAAGGACUGGAAUAUCAAGAUCAUCUCAAAACAUCUGCAAGCCAGGGGAUGGUACAGAAGCACUCAAUCUGCUCCAUGUCAAACUUAAAUAACUUCUGGCUUUCUUCAUUGGCUGGGUCAUUCCUCUAGUCAUACAUAUCAUAGCAUGAACUGUUUUGAAAGCCUUUUUAAUAAGAUAAAAUCACAAAAAUCAGGAUGAAUCUGCAAAGCAGUUGAAUGAGCCCAUAUUUCCUAGUUGCAUGAAAAAGCAUGUCUAAGCAUCGGCUAACAUCCAAAUUUACACCUACAGUACAGCAGCCUUUCAUGUAGUACAGUAGGUUUAAAUAAUGAGUUGCCUACAAAGCUAAUGCUGCAGGACGUAUCAAAAAACAAAAAUUUGAGCAUUUAGACCUUGUGCUGUUUCUAUGGGGCAGAAGUAAAAAUCUUAAGGUUUAAAGCACUUUGCUUCUGAACUGAUUAAAUAUAUAUAUAAUGUCCUGAUUUAGAUGAUAGUUUAUGUUUACAACAAAAAGAUUAUCUACAGCUGCUAGCAAGGUACCAAGGAAAUGAGUAACAUGGGGUUAGAAAUGGCUGCCAGUCACAAGAUACACACAUUAACUCAUCAGUAAUCAGUUAUUUUUAGCUCUGAAGAACAGUAUGUUAAUACCUGUCUAGUGCUGUGGCAGAAGUACCUGACACACCACUGUCACAUUGUUCUUUAUAACAAGAACUAUUUUGUUACAAAAGGUUUGUAUUUUAAGGAUUGGGUCUGGCCUCAGAAGUGGAUAAUGUGGGUGACUGCACUGAAAAUUCAAAGGAAUCUCUCCUUCUUCUAGUCUCAUUGAGAAGCUGACUUGUGAAUCUGAACCAUUUUGGCAGCAGUAGGUGAGGGAAGGAAGCAGGUGCUGCCUUUAUUGUAGAAGCAAUAUUUCCUUCUUGUGAAAAUUUUGGCAAUUUUCCUUGCAGUCCCAACCUAAUACUACAACAGCAUUUGCAUAAGGCUGGACAAGAAGGGAAAAUGAGGAACUGAAAUACAGAGUAAAACUAAAGAGGACAGAACAGAAGGGAGCAAGACAACACAAUCAAUGGGAAAAUAAAUAAAUAAUAAUAUGGAUUUAUAUGGGCAGGAAGGGAAAUCAUCCCAGAAAAUAAAGCAAGAAAGGUAAAGAAGGAAAAAGCUACAUGUUUGGUUUUUUUUCUCACAGAUACUGAGUGUUAUUAAAAAAAAAAAAAAAAAAGCCACACAGGCAAGGGCUUGUUGAUUUUUUAAUAAAAGGGUAAGAGGAGAGAGGGAAAAUGGUCCUACUCUUAGCUCAACACUAUGUCCCAACUACAGUAAUUUCUUGUGAACUUUCCAACACAGGACUCACAGAGUCCUUCCUGCUAAAACCCAAGUUUUCAAAUUCAAAGCCUACAUCAGACUGAGCAUUCCUGCCUGAUACAUCCUCUUUUUUUUUCCUUACUCUAGCCUACUCUUCACUUCUGCUGAGGUGCAGGAGCAGUGUUAGUGCCUGCCUGCCCAUCCCCAGCAAGGCUUUGCCACUGGGAGAACCCUUGCAGAGCCUAAAUGGGCUUUCACUCUUCCCAGCUGAAUGAGGUUUCUGUGUGUUGCCUCCUGCAAUAUUGUCACCCCACCUGCACCACCGGCUUGUAGACAACCCAGCUUGGGCUCAGCUUCCCUCUAGCAGCAGAAAUACUGAAUGUACGGGUGUGCCAGUGCCAGCUCACUCAGGGCAGUGUUUUCUCAAGGCCCAGACCCGCUGGGAACUCGCUAUGUACAUCAAAAACAUCACUCCAGUCUUAACUGUGGCUAAAUGCUGUAGAUUGUAUUGUGAAGGAGCUGAUCUGUUUACUAUGAAACCAUUGUAACUUAUGCUUCCAUUUGCUUUACAGAAGUAUUCCUGGAUGUUACAUGAGAACUUUAUUAUGUGAAAGUACGUGCAAACUGUAGAGUGUACAUAUUGUGUCACUAUAUGGGGUCCAUGGAUGGUACACUGUGUUCCAUGGCUUAUGCCGGAGCAAACUUCAGUUGUUAAAUCCUGAAAGACACCUUGAAGCACAAUUUCCUCACUGCUGAUUUGCCAUAUAGUUCACCACAUUCAGCCUUUCCUGUUUUCCUUUAUGUGCAAUCUGACCAUACCGAAGCCUGAUUACAACAGCAAAUUUUGUGAGGAUAAAUACAUUUUUUUCCACAUCUCAGUUCACUUAACUGUUAACUUAUUUGAAUGUCUGCAGUUUAUCCAGACAGAUAUGUAAGUUUUGAAAAUUUUAAAAUUAUAAUAGUUUUUUAGGUUAUUUUUUCCUUUUUCCUGUUUAUGGUGCCUUUCUUGCCUUUCAUGUGAAGCCUCCUGCUGACCUAAGAAGCAUCAAUGUGCCGUUAGGUUCAGUUAAGGAGCAAGCGAUUGGGCACAUGGCAACUGUGUGUCCAUUGUGAAAUUCCCUUCCCCUCCUUGCCGAGACCGAAAAUCCAAGGCAUCAUGAAUUGGACACCACUCUUCCACCUUCAUCUGCAGGAGCAGAUGGUUGCACCCCCAUUGCAGCCGGAAGGCGUCGAUGGGAGAACUGAGCAAUGGCCCUGCCUGUCCUGAUUCUGCACAGAAACAGGGCCUUGGGGUUUGCUGAUAAUUUAUCUCACAGAAACUUGGUAUUUUUGCCUUAAAUGAGAUGCUUGAGUCCUUCUAACUUUAAGUUAAUUUAUUUAAUACAAUUUUGUGCACAAAAGAAUGAGUUCUAUAAAUUAUGUAUGAAAAUAUUGAUGUCUUUACAAAGUACUGAUAAACCCAGAAGAUCGUAUCUUUUCAAAUUAAGGUUUAAAAUUCUAAUUUUUUUUCUUUUAUGCUCACCAUUAUUAUUAUUAUUUUUGUAGAUGCAAGUCUUAUCAUAUAGGGUUUUUUAACAUAAUAUUGAUAGAAAAUAGGAAGAGUAGUGAAUAUAUGAAAUUUUAAAGAGGAAGAAUUGUUUGUUUGGACUUUUAUAAGCUUUACUCAUAUUUCCUCAUGAGGAGUUUCUACGCUCUCUCUUUUAAAAGACAGCAUCAUGACUGACAGUCAUUCAUUGGUUUCACAAAAGAAGGGCCUGUCUGGCUUUUCAAGUCUUGUCCUGAGCUCCUUAUUAAAGUCCAGCUCCUGACAACUAAUAAGAAUUGUUCAUGAGUUAGGACAAAGAAUUUUAUUUUUUUUCUGAUUUACAAUCCACUUGAGAAUUGUUUAAAGAGAGAAGCUGAAAUUAAGUAAGAGCUUCAGGACUUAAGCCUUAUCUAAAUAACUGUUUUCUGGUCAGCAUGUUCUUCUACCUGAAUGAAGAGAGAGCUGAAAAGAAUGGUUUCAAUGACUAUUUUUUGUUCAAAAAUUUGUAUUUGUAUUUGCUCCUGGCUUAUAUGAUCUAUACUUUUUAUUUAAAUAUGAAUAUGAUGUUUUAGCCUAGGGUUCAAGAUUGCAAAGAUCAUACACUUUUAUUUACAGUGCCCACAGUUGUUCCAUAUGUUUUUGAGAUACUCAUACUUAGAGUGACUGCUCUCAUUAUAGUAUGGUGAUGAGUAAUUCACCUGCUUUUCUGUGAUAAGUCAAAUCAUGCUGAAUUGCUGAUGUAUAGUAGAACAUCUUAUGUACAGUAGUAUUUCUGGAUUGGGACCUGCAAUCCUUACUCAAGCAAAAAUUCUAUGGAAUUCAUUCAUUCUAUGAAAUUCAAGAAUUUUUCUUGAAUUGGGAACUCAGAUUCAAAUCCUGAUUUUGUUGGGCAUCUGUUUGAAGUGAAAAUGGUAAUAUUCCAGUUAUUUCCUGAGGAAACUAAUAUUUAGCUGACUUUACCCUUGUCACAUUGACUAUAUAAAAAUAACGCACAAAGUACUGAUAUAAAAAGGGAAGAAGAGAAGGGACAUUUUUUAAAAGCACAGAGAAAAUCAGAAUAUUCAGAAAGUAGGAAUAAGCAGGAAAAGAAAAUAUAACAGCAAAGGAAUGGAGGAAAAAAGGGUUUAAACACCCGAGGCUAAAUUCAUCCUUGGAUGGCUUCACUGACUUCAAUGAAUUCACUGCCCAAGUGGGUGAAGCUCAGCCUCCAUUGGGAUAAUCAGACUCAGUUCCAUUGACCUUACAGGAAAUGAACCACCUGUACCAGAAAUGAACUUGCCUCUCUGGGCCAACUUUUAUCCUGACUUAUAUGUCAUGCAGUCCUUUUGGAUUCACUGGGUUUGAAUGAAACACGGAAAAGAAUUUGUCCCAGGUAUUUCUGCUUCACAUUUUUUUUCAGGUGUGUUAAUUGACUUUAUUCAAAUGGAUUACAACACCACACAAUGUGCUGUCACUGUCUAAAAAGAUUAAUUUGUUUUUGAAAUAAGAUUUGUCCCCUGCAACGUCAGUGGAAGCAUGUAAUAGUUAAUAUUUUCCUAUCCAUUCAUCUGGAUGCAAAUGUGGCCAUUCACUCAGCUGUGGCCACACACAGGACAAUUCGACAUAGCCAAUGUCAUCUGCUAUUGGAAGCGUUUUUGACUUCUUUGAAAGACAAAAAGAAAGUUUUGUACCAGGCUUAGAAAGCACGAUGGCUGCUUCCACUGACACUGCAACAUUAGCCAGUACAUUACAAUGUUAAUUGUAAAUUCUUGACAAAGUUGAAUCCAUAUUGUUGUUAAUAAAAAUGACUUGAAAAACA